GCAGGUUAAGAUCCUCCCUGGGAAAAAAGGGUAAAAUGGAGCCUCGCUGUGUACUAUUAAGUUCGUCCAGGCUGUCAAAAGCAAACCAUGGAAGGGUGAAUGAAUAUAUUCUUCAUGAUUAUGAAGACCUUGCCCUAAGAAGACAGUCUGUUUCCUUGGCUAGGGGCAGACUUCUUGCCCCCAGAGAAUACACUCAUUUCCCUUGGAAAAUGGCCCUGGAUAAGGGAAGGCCCUUACACGCCCAAACCUGAAAUCCUUCCAGUUUAGUUGUGCUUUGAGAGUGUACAAACCUUUCUUCCCUCUUUCACGAAAUGAAUCACGAUUAAUAAUAGCCAGAGGGUGAAAAAUUACAGUCACGCCGUAUUAGUGAAGAUGAAUCUUCGCCCUUCCCUUCACCAAGGGUGACAGCGGUGACGAAGCAAGCAUUCCAUCGACUGGGGAAGAAAGAGCUCAGGCCCAGAAUUUCCUCCCCACAUCCCCGGAAAAGGGCUAGAAUAAGGUGGCUGAGAGGGCGGAGGAGGUGUUAGUCAAGUGUGUCGUGCUCUUACACCCCCACUGCCCUGGUGAUUCAGCUCUUGGAUCGGAAACCGUUCUUUCUCUAGUUUGUUUUGCUUUUUCAGACAGGGUCGCAUCUAGUCUAUCCUGGUCUUGAACUUACUGUAUCCCAUCACCUCCGCCUCCCAAGUCAUACAGACAUGUGCCAAUAUGGCUGUCUUUUCAGAGAAAACCUGUCUAGCGCGCUGUAGAGGUGUGCGACUCAAUUUAAGAGUUGCAGAGAGAAGUGGGUGAGGAGAUGGUGAGGAAGAUGGGAGAAAAGGGGGCGAGGAGCUGGAGUAAGGUCACCGUCUCAGCGCUUUAGGCUGAGGUGGCAGGAGCACACGGAGUUCUAGUUUGCUAACCUGGGCUAACAAAACAUAGUACAUUUUAAAAAUUAAAAGCACAUGCCACUAGCCUGAAAACAUAGGAAGGGAAAGAAGUGACUCCUCACUCAGAAAGAUAGAUGCCGGGAAAGGAGAUGGGGGAGGGGCGGAGACCCAGUCAGCAUUUUCCAAUUACCAUUCCCCGCUGGCCCUCCACUCUCCCUUUUGGUUUGAGAACUAGUGUUUUUGUCACCACGAGUGCAAAUGAGGUUUAUUCAUUCGAGAGAGUCAGACUUAGCCUGACCCCUUGACUAACUGUGAGCCGUGGAUUGUUAAAUCUAAUAAGCAUAUGCGCAUUUGUUCCGAGAACAAAUAGCUGUGAGGUACAUUGCAUGCUGACCCGCAAUGAAAAUAAAAUAUUAAGUACUUAACAUUUCACUAUCAAGAGCUGUGCAGUGUCAACUCACGUGGGAUUUGAUAGUCUAUCAUUUGGUUCCUUUUCAACUGUCGGCUGCUGGGAAAUUCAGUUAGCAUCUUCUCCAUCACCCACCCCGAUCUCAGAGCCAUUUGCCUUUAAAAGACUGAACCCACACUCGGAAAAUGGGAAGCUGGAGGAGCUUCGAGAAACUGCCUUCCUCUCUUUAAUCACUGCUAUCCAAAUGAGCCGAGGAUGUCACAUGGCUGCCAUUUCAGAAGUUUGCCGAGAGCUGCAGAGGCCACGUGGCUCCAUCCCAAGCUCUUCUGUCACCAACUUGGAGAGGAGCCAAGACAAUGUCUUAUUGUGUAGCCCUGUCUGGAAUCAGGCUGGACUUCACCAUACCUGGUAAGAUGGCGCUAGUUACUGGAAGAGACAGGAAACCUCAAAUGAAAACGUGGAAGAAGAAGAAGUAGGUGGUUGUCAAGAGGCCAAGUAUGGAAGCAUGGUCUAAAGAGGAUGUUACAAUUGUUCACCUCCUUCAACUUGCAAGUUCACCCCAUAGGGAUGACAGCGAUGGGAUCCCGUGGUCAGAAGAGAGAGUGGUCCGGAAAGUCCUGUAUUUGUCUCUGAAGGAAUUUAAGAAUGCACAGAAAAGGCAGCAUGGGGAAGGCAUUGCUGGGAGCCUGAAAACAGUGAAUGGGCUCCUUGGUAAUGACCAGUCUAAGGCAUCAGAGCAGUCAGAGAACGAGAAGGACGAUGCAUCCCAAGUGUCCUCUACUAGCAACGAUGUUAGUUCUUCAGAUUUUGAAGAAGGGCCGUCGAGGAAAAGGCCCAGGCUGCAAGCACAAAGAAAGUUUGCUCAGUCCCAGCCGAAUAGUCCCAGCACAACUCCAGUGAAGAUAGUGGAGCCUUUGCUACCCCCGCCAGCCACUCAAAUUUCUGACCUCUCUAAAAGGAAGCCUAAGACAGAAGACUUUCUUACCUUUCUCUGCCUUCGAGGUUCUCCUGCGCUGCCCAGCAGUAUGGUAUAUUUUGGAAGCUCUCAGGACGAGGAGGAUGUCGAAGAAGAAGAUGACGAGACAGAAGAUGUCAAAACAGCCAACAACAAUGCUUCGUCUUCAUGCCAGUCCACCCCCAGGAAAGGAAAAACCCAUAAACACGUACACAACGGACAUGUCUUCAAUGGCUCCAACAGGUCAACACGGGAGAAAGAACCCGCUCAAAAACACAAAAGCAAGGAGGCCACUCCCGGGAAGGAGAAGCACAUCGACCACAGGGCAGACAGCCGAAGGGAGCAGGCUUCAGUGGCCCAGCCCUCAGCCACCCCCUCUGCAGGCUCCUUGGCCAAGGGGCUUCCUGCCAACCACCAACCUCCCCCUCUGCAUCGGUCGGCUCAGGACUUACGGAAACAGGUGUCUAAAGUAAAUGGAGUCACUCGGAUGUCAUCUCUGGGUGCAGGUACAACCAGUGCCAAAAAGAUCCGAGAAGUCAGACCUUCACCAUCCAAAACUGUGAAGUACACUGCCACAGUGACCAAGGGGACUGUCACAUACACCAAAGCCAAGAGAGAACUGGUCAAGGAAACCAAACCCACCCACCACAAGCCCAGUUCAGCUGUCAACCACACAAUCUCAGGGAAAACUGAAAGUAGCAAUGCAAAAACCCGCAAACAGGUGCUAUCCCUCGGGGGGGCGUCCACGUCCACCGGGCCUGCUGCCAAUGGCCUCAAGGCCAGCAGCAGGUUGAACCCAAAGUCAUGCACUAAGGAGGUGGGGGGGCGGCAGCUGAGGGAGGGACUGCGGAAUUCCAAGAGGAGACUGGAAGAGGCACAGCAGGUGGACAAGCCGCAGUCACCCCCGAAGAAGAUGAAAGGGGCAGCAGGCACUGCAGAAGCCCCUGGCAAAAAGGCCUCAGCGGCUUCAGCAGAGAAGUCUCUGCUGAAUGGACACGUGAAGAAAGAAGUGCCCGAGCGAAGUUUGGAAAGGAAUAGGCCGAAGCGGGCCACGGCUGGCAAGAACACGCCGGGCAAACAAGCACAUGGGAAGGCAGAGGGCACCCCCUGUGAACAUCGUUCUACCUCGCAACCCGAGUCCUCGCACAAGCCGCAUGAUCCGCAGGGCAAGCCAGAGAAGGGGAUCGGCAGGUCUGGGUGGGCAGCAAUGGACGAGAUCCCUGUCCUCAGGCCCUCCGCCAAGGAGUUCCAUGACCCUCUCAUCUACAUCGAGUCAGUACGUGCUCAGGUGGAGAAGUACGGGAUGUGUCGUGUGAUUCCUCCUCCAGACUGGCGGCCAGAGUGCAAACUCAACGAUGAGAUGCGCUUUGUCACGCAGAUCCAGCACAUCCAUAAGCUGGGCCGGCGCUGGGGCCCCAACGUACAGCGGCUAGCCUGCAUAAAGAAGCACCUCAGAUCUCAGGGCAUCACCAUGGAUGAGCUCCCCCUCAUAGGAGGCUGUGAGCUCGACCUGGCCUGCUUUUUCCGGCUGAUUAAUGAGAUGGGCGGCAUGCAGCAAGUGACUGACCUCAAAAAAUGGAACAAACUAGCAGACAUGCUGCGCAUUCCCAAGACUGCCCAGGACCGGCUGGCCAAGCUGCAGGAGGCCUACUGCCAGUACCUGCUCUCCUACGAUUCCUUGUCCCCCGAGGAACACCGACGGCUGGAGAAGGAGGUGCUGAUGGAGAAGGAAAUCCUAGAGAAGCGCAAAGGGCCAUUAGAGGGGCACACAGAGAACGACCACCACAAGUUCCACUCCCUGCCCCGCUUUGAGCCCAAAAAUGGGCUCAUCCAUGGCGUUACACCCAGGAAUGGCUUCCGUAGCAAGCUCAAGGAGGUGGGCCAGGCCCCUCUCAAGACAGGCCGGCGGCGAUUGUUCGCUCAGGAAAAAGAAGUGGUCAAAGAGGAGGAAGAGGACAAAGGUGUCCUCAGUGACUUCCACAAGUGCAUCUAUAAGGGAAGAUCUGUUUCACUAACAACUUUUUAUCGAACAGCAAGGAACAUCAUGAACAUGUGCUUCAGCAAGGAGCCUGCGCCAGCAGAGAUCGAGCAAGAGUACUGGAGGCUAGUGGAAGAGAAGGACUGUCAUGUGGCAGUCCACUGCGGAAAAGUGGACACUAAUACCCAUGGCAGCGGGUUCCCGGUGGGAAAAUCAGAGCCCUUUUCAAGGCAUGGAUGGAACCUCACCGUCCUCCCCAAUAACACAGGGUCCAUCCUGCGUCACCUUGGUGCUGUGCCUGGAGUGACUAUUCCUUGGCUAAAUAUUGGCAUGGUCUUUUCUACCUCAUGCUGGUCUCGAGACCAAAAUCACCUUCCAUAUAUCGACUACUUACACACUGGUGCUGACUGCAUUUGGUAUUGCAUUCCUGCUGAGGAGGAGAACAAGCUGGAGGGCGUGGUCCACACCCUGCUGCAGGCCAAUGGUACCCCAGGGCUGCAAAUGCUGGAGAGCAAUGUCAUGGGUUCCUGUCAACUGAAUAUCCACAUAACCUGGCUGGUGUCCUUAUGCCACGGGACAUGGGUUUGCCUGGCUGAUCAAAGUGGGCACAUAUCUCAGUUGGCAUUAUCUCUGCAGAUCUCCCCAGAGGUGCUGUGUAAAGAGGGGAUCAAGGUCCACAGGACUGUGCAGCAGAGCGGGCAGUUUGUUGUCUGCUUCCCGGGGUCCUUUGUGUCUAAAGUGUGUUGUGGCUACAGCGUCUCAGAAACAGUGCACUUUGCUACCACCCAAUGGACAAGUAUGGGCUUCGAGACUGCCAAGGAGAUGAAGCGCCGCCAUAUAGCUAAGCCAUUCUCCAUGGAGAAGUUGCUCUACCAGAUUGCACAAGCAGAAGCAAAAAAGGAAAAUGGUCCCACCCUCAGUACCAUCUCAGCCCUUCUGGACGAGCUCAGGGAUACAGAGCUGCGGCAGCGCAGGCAGCUGUUUGAGGCUGGCCUUCACUCUUCAGCCCGCUAUGGCAGCCAUGAUGGCAACAGCAUGGUGGCGGAUGGUAAGAAAAAGCCUCGAAAGUGGCUGCAGCUGGAAACGUCAGAGAGGAGGUGCCAGAUCUGCCAGCAUUUGUGUUACCUGUCCAUGGUGGUUCAGGAGAACGAGAAUGUUGUGUUCUGUCUGGAGUGUGCACUGCGCCAUGUGGAGAAACAGAAGUCUUGCCGUGGGCUGAAGCUGAUGUACCGCUACGACGAGGAGCAGAUCAUCAGUUUGGUCAACCAGAUAUGUGGUAAAGUGUCUGGCAAACACGGCGGCAUUGAGAACUGUCUCAACAAACCCACACCAAAAAGAGGCCCCCGCAAGAGAGCGACUGUGGACGUGCCGCCAUCUCGGCUACCAUCCUCAUGAAGAGGCCAAACCCAUGGUCACUUAUAUAUUUUUUGUAAUUACUAUAUUCUAGUUUGGAGUACUUGCUGUAGGAUACAAGCUGUCUUUGCACUAGCUCUAAAGAAGAAUUUCUUCUGGUUUUAGAGAACUGAUUUUGUUUUAGCAUUAAACUGUUGAAGUUUUUGUACGUAGGUAUCUAGAUACUGCAGUCGGGUUUGGAAGCUGCCGUACACUCACUGUUUAAAACCUAUGAGGGGCUGUAUUAAUUUGUAUUGCCCCCACGGCUAACAAAAGCCUUUUUGUUUUGUUUUGUUCUGUUUUUGUUUGUUUGUUUUUGUUUUGUUUGGUAACUGUUGGGGAAUAAAGGCUUUUUAACCCAUUUUUGAAGAGGGUAAAGUUUGGAGAACAAAUUUUAAAACCAUCAGUCACAUGAACAGAUUUUUCUAGAUUGGGAAAAGGGAUAGAAGAACACACACAUAUACAGAAAAAAGAAACUUGAAAUGGCUUUACUUUGGCUGUCUUUUCUUCUGUCUUGUGCAAGGGGAGUCUGUACCUUUUGAAACCGGAGCGCCUUGUAUGUUUAGUUGGGCGGUUAUUGGCAGCUGAAGGCAAAAUGUGAGGUUUGAGUGACGAGGUUCUCAUACCAGCACAUCACUAUGCAUCCGUUCGAGGAGAGAGGACGAAGACAAAGACUGCCUGCCUUGGAGGGUCACUGUGGGAGACCUGUGCCUGAUUUCGUUAGGAAAUCCAUUCUGUUAUUUUUUUGGUGCUGUUGGCUACUUUAUGAAAAUAAAUAUAAAAAAAAACCACCAAAAAAUUUUAAAAAAAUCAAAAAACCCUUUGAAUAGCAUCUUUGAGGAAAAGGAAACCAGUAGUUGAUUGUAAGUGCUUCCCUGUCACCCAGUGCAAUUUCCUGACAUUCCACCUUCGUCUCUGCCUGUCUCUCUCACACAUCAGCAUUAAUCUGUUUUAAAACACAAUUAGAGCCACUAAAUCUGCAGUUGUUUUUGAAUGUGAAAAUACAUCUGUGCUCAUCUUGUCUAUUUUUUCUUGUCAUAUUUUAACAAAAAAGGAAAAAAAAAGAAUCCCGUCCCCUUUGUACAUACUCCUGUAAAUUGUUUUAAAUACUUGAGCCUUUUCUUGGUGGGGGGAGGGGAGGGGUGAGAAAAGAUGAAGAAAAGCCUUACAUUUCAGUUUCUUCAUCGGCUGGAUUGGAUGCUUACAGGGUUUUUCUUGUAACAUUUAUAAGUGCUGCUUACACCACUCAACAACAACAAAACAUGGUAAUGGAGUAGCUGUUGCCCUUCUCCGGUUGUGUGUACAGUAUGUGUGGAAUAAAAAAGGGAAACUGUUUUCACAAGCUGUUCUUUGUUUCAUAAUUGGAUCAGUCCGUAGCUACCCAUAUUGCACUGAGCUUGCCAGUGGUGACUGCCAGGAAUGUCCUAGGAUCCACUUUGGUGGUUGUUGCAGAAGACUGAGCUGUUUUGGAAUAUUUAACGAUUACACAACAGUCGAGUGUUUUCCCAUGUGGUUGUCCAGUUUUUUAUGGCCUUGCUGUGUACUUUUCCCUCUUUUUGACAGUAAACUUUCGCCUAUGGCUUACAGUUUGACAUUUAAUUUAUUAGCGCUGCUCUGCACCCCUCCCUCAAGGGAGGACUUCGUGUGGUUUAUUGCCAGUUUUUUGUUUACUUUUCAGGUUUGUACUACAAGGUUUAAUAAUAAAAACAAGUUUUUUGGA